AGGAUGCCCAGGAUGGAGUGAGGUGCUCAGCAUCACAGGACAGAUCAACAGCAGAGCUGGGGUUUGAACCUAGGUCUUCUGUCCCCAAAUUCUGGGUGCCUGCACUUGACUUUGGUUGUGUUGGAGAAGCAGCUGAACAAGAGUGUGGGAUUUGGGGUCCCAGAGCCCUGGUUUCGGAUCCUCUGUACUCACUACCUGUUCUUCUCAAGCAAGCUUUCUCUUUCUUUCCUUUUUUCUUUUUUUUUCUUUCCUUUUUUCUUCCUUCCUUUCUUUCAACCAUUCUGAGCCUCAGUUUCCACACUGGUAAAACGGAGAUGAUACUGGCCAUCUCCCAGGACUGUUGUGAGGUGUCCAUGAAAUAACUAUAAGCCUGGCACAUGAUAGGUGUUCCGUGAAUUUUAGUUCCCUUUGCUCCCUUCUUAGCAUCCCAGAGGUGAGCAGCUAUGAUGGGUAGGGGUAGUGGUCAGAGGUGACAAGUGAGCAGCUUGGGCAUCUGGAAGAAAGCUUGCAGAGAGGGCAGGUGCCAAAUGUCAUUCGUGAGGCCACUCCCAAUUUAUGGGUUCUGGUGCAAGGACUUUGAAGAGGCAAUAAAAUUCAUAUUCUACGAGGAAAUGACAGCAGCUGAGAGUCCUGACUUAGCAAAUGAAAUUCUACAUUAUUUUUUAUUUUUACAAGGCAAGGGAUUUUGGAUGGGUAGCAAAAGUCACAUUCUAAUGAGAUUCUCCUGGGACAGGAAUGGGCUUUCCCAAGUGUAAGAUGGCAACACCCCACAGACAGUGUAUAUAAAUGCCCCAGAGAGGCCAUGAGAGCCAGAACCUGAGCUCCUCGCUAAGCUGCAACCUGCUCUGCUAGCAUCAUGGCCUCCCAGUUCUGCUCCCCGAUCUUCUCCUCUGGGUCUCUCAGGGGCCACUGCGGCACAACCAGCGGCAUCUCUCGGGUGUCCUGUGUCCGCUCCGUGGGCUCCUGCAGGGUGCCCAGCCUUGCUGGUGUUUCGGGGUCAGCCUCCUCCGUCAGGCUGGGCCUCUCCAGCCUUGGGAGCUGCUUGCCUGGUCCCUUCCUGUCCUCUGGGUUCCAUUCCUCUGGCUUUGCCGGGGCUGGGGGCUUGUUCUGCGAGGGUGCCUUCAACGGCAAUGAGAAGGAGACCAUGCAGUUCCUGAACGAUCGCCUGGCUAACUACCUGGAGAAGGUGCGGCAGCUGGAGCGGGAGAACGCAGAGCUGGAGAGCCGCAUCCGGGAGUGGUACGAGUCUCAGAUCCCGUACAUCUGCCCCGACUACCAGUCCUACUUCAAGACCAUUGAAGAGCUCCAGCAGAAGAUCCUGCUGACCAAGGCUGAAAACGCCAGGCUGGUCCUGCAAAUUGACAAUGCCAAGCUGGCUGCUGAUGACUUCCGGACCAAGUAUGAGACGGAGCUGGGCAUGCGGCAGCUAGUGGAGGCCGACACCAAUGGUCUGCGCCGGAUCCUGGAUGAGCUGACCCUGUGCAAGGCUGACCUGGAGAUGCAGGUGGAGUCUCUGAAGGAGGAGCUGAUGUGUCUCAAGAAGAACCACGAGGAGGAAGUCAAUACGCUCCGAUGCCAGCUUGGGGACCGGCUGAAUGUGGAGGUGGAUGCUGCUCCCCCAGUGGACCUCAACAAGAUCCUGGACGAGAUGAGAUGCCAGUAUGAGACCCUAGUGGAGAAUAACCGCAGAGAUGUGGAGGCCUGGUUCAACACCCAGACCGAGGAGUUGAACCAGCAGGUGGUGUCCAGUUCGGAGCAGCUGCAGUGCUGCCAGACAGAGAUCAUCGAGCUGAGACGCAAUGUCAACGCCCUGGAGAUUGAACUGCAGGCUCAGCAUAGCAUGCGGAAUUCCCUAGAAUCCACCCUGGCAGAGACUGAGGGCCGCUACAGCUCCCAGCUGGCCCAGAUGCAGGGCCUGAUCAGCAAUGUGGAGGCUCAGUUGGCCGAGAUCCGCUGUGACCUGGAGCGGCAGAACCAGGAGUACCAGGUGCUGCUGGAUGUCAAGGCCCGGCUGGAGUCAGAGAUCGCCACCUACCGCCGCCUGCUCGAGGGAGAAGACUGCAAGCUGCCUGCCCAUCCUUGUGCCACGGAAUGCAAGCCUGCUGGCAGAGUUCCUUAUGUCUCGAGUGGGCCCUGUGCCCCGGGCCCCCAGCUCAGCACCCAGAUCCGCACCAUCACGGAGGAGUUCAGAGAUGGGAAGAUCAUUUCUUCCAGGGAGCAUGUGCAGCCGCUGUAACUGGGCAGGCCCUGGCCCACAGGAGGGAGGACACCCCUGUGUGUCCAGGCUCUAAAUGACCCCCACCUCUCCUUCCCUAGAGGGACUCCCCGCUCAGCAGAUUUUUCUACCAAAAAACUUCCUAGAUUGUGUUUCUGGCUUUGACUGCUUUUACGCCGGGUAAAACUAAGCUUCCCUGGAAAUUUACCCAAUAAAGUGUGUUCUCUUGGCAUAGAAA